CUUCUGUAAGCAUGACUGGAAUUGUAAGGCAUGAGGAGCACUCCACUGACUUAUCGCGAGAAAAGUUGAAUUCUCAGCAGGCCUACAGCGAGAUUUCCUCCUACUUCUCCUUAUGCGAAAUCGGCUGGUGUCAUCUCCGAAACAGAUUGCUAUUCUGAAGAAGCUUACUGCUGAAUCAUGGGGAAUAUUUUUGGUAAUCUGCUGAAGAGCCUGAUAGGGAAGAAGGAGAUGAGGAUUUUGAUGGUUGGAUUGGAUGCAGCUGGUAAAACAACCAUCCUGUACAAACUCAAGCUGGGGGAGAUUGUUACCACCAUUCCCACAAUUGGCUUUAAUGUAGAGACAGUGGAGUAUAAGAACAUCAGUUUCACUGUGUGGGACGUUGGUGGCCAGGAUAAGAUUCGACCUCUCUGGAGACACUACUUUCAAAACACACAGGGUCUGAUCUUUGUGGUGGACAGUAAUGAUCGAGAGCGAGUGAAUGAAGCCAGGGAGGAGCUAAUGAGGAUGCUGGCAGAAGAUGAGUUGCGUGAUGCUGUUCUCCUUGUUUUUGCCAACAAACAGGACCUGCCUAAUGCAAUGAAUGCAGCUGAGAUCACAGACAAGCUGGGCCUCCACUCGCUGCGUCACCGCAACUGGUACAUCCAGGCUACCUGCGCAACCAGUGGCGAUGGCCUGUAUGAAGGCCUUGACUGGUUGGCCAAUCAGCUAAAGAAUAAGAAGUGAGGGGUCUCAGGCAGGUGUAGAGAGCUUAUUUAGGGCAAGGGGCGGGUUUACUUGGGGUUAUCGUAUUAUUUGGUUUGGUUUCGUUUGUUUACAUUAUUUUUUAUUUCUUUUGCAAAAGUGUGGUUAUUAGAGCCUUCAGAUGGUCUGUGUAAAUGGACUUGUCACACACGUUCACACAUCAAAAAUAUAUAUGGACACACGGACACACGUGCACCUCGGCAAACACAUAAGCACACAGCACAUUAAUGUCUCUGCUCUUUUUGGCGGUUUCUCUGUAUUCGGUGUAAAAUGGACCCGGAAACACACUCUCAGUCAAGUAAACAGUAUAAUAUAACACCCCAGAAUAGUCAUUAUCUAUCCAGGCACUGUUUUCUCUGACACUUGGUUUCUCUGUAUUAAAUUUUUUCACACAUUUUCUCUUAAAUAUCAAGUUGAAGCAAUUUCAUCUGUUCGAUGUUUCAAUUAGAUUUUCUAUGGAGUAUGUUCAGUUUGUCUCAAACACACACACACACACACUCAUACAUACACACACUAACAUUAAGCAGCUGUCUCCUUCUCCUGCUGGUUAGUAACUGUGUUAGUCAGAGUUGAGUACACUUUGUAAACAUGCUCCCCACUGUGUCCUCCUGCAUGGCUUUCUCAUUCACUGUGGCUCAUAUAGUCGGUGUUGUGGCUCGGUAGACAGUAGAUUGCAUGUAUGUGUGUUGUAGAGGUAUAGAUCUGCUCGGUGUUGCAUGCUGCUUUGACGUGAUUUGCAGUGUUAGUAGGCUGGUAUCAUGAAUGGCUGAUCAUUUAGAUGUUAACGAUAAAAUUUAUAAGCAAGUGGAGUAGCAGAAACGGUGGAAUACCAAUAACACGGUUCGCUUUUUGGUAUUGUUAGCUGCUGAAGCAUUGAAGCAGCACAGCAUGAUACAGUUCCAUUAGAAUCUUGAGGCUGUGUUGUUUUACGUGGGUAGAGUGUCGGGGAAAAGAAACAGGGCGUAAGAUUGUAGUGUUAUUUGUUCACAUGAAGCUGUUGUCUGCAUGGCAUGCAUGCUGCCCAGAUAGAUAGAUAGAUAGAUAGAUAGAUAGAUAGAUAGAUAGAUAGAUAGAUAGAUAGAUAGAUAGAUAGAUAGAUAGAUAGAUAGAUAGAUAGAUAGAUAGAUAGAUAGAUAGAUAGAUAGAUAGAUAGAUAGAUAGAUAGAUAGAUAGAUAGAUAGAUAGAUAGAUAGAUUGAUCAUUGUUGUACAUGUUGCAUGUGAAUGUUUGUUUAUUAAAUUACAGGUGAUGUCAUUUAAUGUGAUUUUUGUGAAUGUUAGUUUAUUGAAUUACAGGUGAUGUCAUUUAAUGUGAUUCGCUGUUGCAUUUAAUGCUGUGAGAAGCUGAAUAAUGUUAGUAAAUAAAAGAGCAAACUACUAGUGCACACACACACACACACACACACACACACACACACACACACACACACACACGUACACACUGUAUUGUUUUAUUUCUUGCUAUUUCCCUCUGUUGCCUGUUAGUCUUCUGCUUGUAAUAUUCGAUGUAAGGAUUUUUAACAUAUCACUCCCACUGAAUGUGAAUUCUGUGUGUUUUUUGUUUUGUUGCUAAUAUUGUGUCACAUGGUCUUUAUUUAUUGUAUGUAUUUGAAUAUUGUCUUCAAGUAGAAACAGAAUGAUUAUUUGAAUAUUUAUGCAGCAGGGUUGUUUUUCGCCGAAGGUUUGUUAAAUCAGUUUUCAUACAGUACGUAUCCAUUUCACACAGUGCUGAAACUCUGUGUAAAAUAAAAAUAUCGUGUUUACCAAGGCAUCCAGACGAAUAGUAAUGCAUGGUCUUUUGAUAGCAGACUUACUACAUUAGGCUGCAGAUGCUGUGCUAAAGUAAAUUUUGCUAUAAUACUCAGACUAUAUUACUGUAACAUAAACGCUGCUGUUCUGAACUCAAUUCUAUGCUACAGAAAAACAUUCAUAGUACUAAUACCACUGUGAGUCAUGUGCACAUUUUCAAAUCCUAUAGAUUCUCAAUAAACAGCUGUUAGACCAAGUAAAUCUGUUGAAGGCGAGGACUUAAUCUGAACUUUACACUUAUCCAUGUCUAUCUGACUGAAGUGCAAAGUGUUCACAGCUAUAAGACUUUCUUUUACUUUCACUGUAUUGUAACUCAAAUAACCUCCUCUUCUACAUGCACACACUUUUUAAUACAGAUGCUUUUUAGCAUUUUGACAGUAUAUCUAUAUCUAUAUCUAUAUCUAUAUAUAUAUAUAUAUAUAUAUAUAUAUAUAUAUAUAUAUAUAUAUAUAACAAUGCUGGUGCUUUACAGUACUGUGUAACUGAAGAUGUUCCAGAUCAGUGGAAAUAAAGUCAUAGUGCAAGCAAAGGAUUGCUGUUCAUCCAUUUUACUAUUUUUGAUUUUUAGUACCAUUUACACAAACUAUCUAAAAGUCUAAUUCUACAUUAGAUCAUGUGUCUGUGCUAUCCACACAUACUGUAAUGUGUGAUCCACAUCGUAUGUGCCCAGUUUUUUGUGGCCUUAUAUGAUGUAUUACUUAAAGAAAAAAAAAUAAAUACUCAUAUAAGUUAUUGAUUUUGUGAAUUAAUAAAUAGAUUUUUUUGUGGGUGGAAAAUAAUUGGGAACAAAUCUUAGCUGUGAGUUUUAAUAAAGUUUAAAUUGAAAAAUAAAUCUUAAUGUCAGUAAGUUGUUUUGUGUUUGUAGUUGCACCAGACACACUGUAAUGUCAUUUAUAAAUUUGAUGUCUUUUUACCUGUUUCUGUUAUUAUUAGAGAAGUGGUUUUUUAUUUGUUUUGUUUUAUUUAAAAAAAUAAAAUACUUUCUUUUUUUUUAAAGAUUAAUGAUCUGAAAGAAAAUCUAGGUAAAAUAGACCCUACAUGAUACACUGACUGUACUUUGAACCCAAACUGAACUUGUAAAUUGAACUUUUUUUAUUGUCUGGUUGUGGCAACCAGCAAUCACUUUUCCAUGGCCUUUUUCUGGACAAUCAAUAAUUUUUCAAUAUUGGUAUGUAAAUUGUAUAUUAUUUAUUUACCUUUGUGUUUUAUGUGAAGAAAAUUCAUAAAGAAUGUCUCAAAAUA